UAUGUUCUUUUUCUAUCAAAGGGGUAGAAAAACAAACAAUUCAACUUGCAAUGCCACAUGACAAUUUGACAUGUUUGUGGUGGUAGUUUCUUCCACACGUCCACUGACUCGCAGUUAGCAGCUAGCAGCGACACACUGACCCUCCUCCACUUCAGUUUUAUUGUUUGUGUGGUGGGUAAUAACUUAAUAAAAGUUAUGGCCUUAGCUUUGUCAUCUUCAUUGAAACCACUGUGCUCCUUUUCCUCCUCCGCCACCACUUCACCAUCUUCAACCCAGCAAGACUCCUUCAGCUACCGUCCUGCUGUUAUUCUUCCAGGCUUAGGGAACAAUUCAAGUGACUACCUUAAGUUAGAGGCCACUUUGAAAGAGAACUAUGGUGUCCCCACCGUUAUUGCUAAGGUUUCAAGGCUUGAUUGGCUUAGAAAUGCUGCUGGUUUGGUGGACCCCAAUUACUGGCGUGGCACUCUCCGUCCUCGCCCUGUUCUUGAUUGGUAUUUGAAGAGGGUAGAUGAGGCUGUUCAAGAGGCUAAGGAACUAGCUCAAGGGGGUACUUUAUCCUUGAUUGGACACUCAGCUGGAGGAUGGCUUGCACGUGUUUACUUGGAAGAAUUUGGACUGUCCCACAUCUCCUUGUUAUUGACUCUUGGAACCCCCCACCUGCCACCUCCAAAAGGUCUGUCAGGGGUUAUUGAUCAAACAAGGGGUCUCCUGUAUUAUGUUGAAAAACAUUGCUCAAAAGCUGUGUAUACUCCUCAUCUGAAAUAUGUAUGUAUUGCUGGGAGGUAUAUCCAAGGGGCUCAGCUCUUUCGCAAUUCAACUGUAAAAGUUGAGUCCACAGCUCCUGUUGGCAGUGCCCAAUCAAUUUCUGAGGAUGCUAUCAUGAAUGAUUUGAGCACUUCAACAUCAAAUACAGCAACUUUACGCGCUCGCUUUGUUGGCCAAGGGUAUAAGCAGGUUUGUGGACAGGCCGAUGUAUGGGGUGAUGGGGUUGUGCCAGAAGUAUCAGCCCAUCUAGAGGGUGCUCUUAACAUUAGCUUGGAUGGAGUUUACCACUCGCCAGUUGGUUCAGAUGAUGUGUUGAGACCAUGGUAUGGUUCUCCUGCUGUUGUAGAGAAAUGGAUACACCACCUCCUCAGUUAAUGGAUGUGGAAUAUCAAUUCAUUAUGUAAUACUAUUAGUUAACCGAGCAAAUCAAACAAUAUUCUUUUGACGUUCAGAGAAUCUAUCACGUAUUCCAUUCAUCAUAAA